UCUGCUCUGUGUGCCAGAGGCAUUGUCCCAGAUGUAGCAGUUGGUACAAAGCGGGGAUCUGACGAGCUUUUCUCUACUUGUGUCACCAAAGGACUGUUUAUCAUGAGCAGCAAAUCAGCUUCUGCAGCAAAUGGAAAUGACAGCAAGAAGUUCAAAGGUGAUAGCAAACGUGCCGGCAUCCCCUCCAGAGUGAUCUACAUUCAGAAGCUCCCCAUCGAUGUCACCAAAGCGGAGGUCAUCUCCCUGGGGCUGCCCUUCGGGAAGGUCACCAAUCUCCUGACGUUGAAGGGGAAAAACCAGGCCUUCAUCGAGAUGAACACAGAGGAGGCUGCCAACACCAUGGUGAACUACUACACCUCCGUGACACCCGUGCUGUGCGGCCAGCCCAUCUACCUCCAGUUCUCCAACCACAAGGAGCUGAAGACUGACAGCUCUCCCAACCAGGCACGCGUCCAGGCGGCCCUGCAGGCCGUGAACUCGGUCCAGUCGGGGAACCUGGCUUUGGCUUCCUAGGCAGCGGCUGUGGACACAGGGAUAGUGAUGGCCGGGCAGAGCCCCGUGUUGAGGAUCAUCAUGGAGAACCUCUUCUACCAGGUGACCCUGGACGUGCUGCACCAUAUUUUCUCCAAGUUCGGCACGGUGUUGAAGAUCAUCACCUUCGCCAAGAACAACCAGUUCCAGGCCCUGCUGCAGUACGCGGACCCCGUGAGCGCCCAGCCUGCCAAGCUGUCUCUGGACGGGCAGAACAUCUACAACGCCUGCUGCACGCUGCGCAUUGACUUCUCCAAGCUCACCAGCCUCAACGUCAAGUACAACAACGACAAGAGCCGUGACUACACGCGCCCAGACCUGCCCUCCGGGGACAGCCAGCCCUCGCUGGACCAGACCAUGGCCACGGCCUUCGGCCUCUCUGUUCCCAACGUCCACGGAGCCCUGGCGCCCCUGGCCAUUCCCUCGGCAGCGGCGGCAGCUGCGGCGGCAGUCCGGAUAGCCAUUCCCGGCCUGGUUGGGGCAGGAAAUUCUGUGUUGCUGGUCAGCAACCUCAACCCAGAGAGAAUCACACCCCAAAGCCUCUUUAUUCUUUUCAGCGUCUACGGCGAUGUGCAGCGCAUAAAGAUCCUGUUCAAUAAGAAGGAGAAUGCCCUGGUGCAGAUGGCGGACGACAACCAGGCCCAGCUUGCCGUGAGCCACCUGAACUGGCACAAGCUGCACGGGAAGCCCAUCCGCAUCACACUCCCGAAGCAUCAGAACGUGCAGCUUCCUCGCGAGGGCCAGGAGGACCAGAGCCUGGCCAAGGACUAUGGCAGCUCGCCCCUGCACCGCUUCAAGAAGCCGGGCUUCAAGAACUUCCAGAACAUAUUCCCACCGUCGGCCACCCUGCACCUCUCCAACAUCCCGCCCUCAGUGUCCGAGGAAGAUCUCAAGGUCCUCUUCUCCAGCAAUGGGGGCCUCGUCAAAGGAUUCAAGUUCUUCCAGAAGGACCGCAAGAUGACGCUGAUCCAGAUGGGCUCCGGCGAGGUGGCUGUCCAGGCCCUCAUUGACCUGCACAACCACGACCUCAGGGAGAGCCACCACCUGCGGGUCUCCUUCUCCAAGUCCACCAUCUAGGGGCACGAGCCCCCCCACGGCCGGGUCCCCUGGCGACAACUUCCAUCAUUCCGGAGAAAAGCCACUUUAAAAAGCAGCUGAAGUGACCUUAACAGACCAGAGAUUUUAUUUUUUUAAAGAGAAAUCAUUUUACCUGUUUCUUAAAAAAUUAAAUCUAGCUCACCUUGCUAACCUUGCGGUGACGGGUGACCGCUCAGGCUCUUGGUGACUGUGGCAGCAGGAGCUCCCGGCCCGCCGACCCGCGGCCAGACCCUCGGGCCGUGCCUUGGUGGGGCCUGUCGGGCAUGGGGCCUACGGGUGGACGCCCCAACCACGACUCGGCUUCCUUGUGCCUUAAAAAACCUGCCUUCAUACGGCCACGCACCCACCCUGGGUGUCCUGGGGACCCAAGGGGCAGGGGUCACACUUCAGAGAAAGGCAGGGGGCCCAGCAGGCUCCUGCAGGAUCAUGUGCCUGGGUGUGGCAGCCACGGCCUGCUACACCCCAACCCCCGCCCUCUAAUCAAGUGAUGUGAUUUUGCCCGCCCGCCCGCCCUGCCCCCAGGACCUUCCCCUCUGCCCCCAGGCGCUGGCUGGCACCCCAGGUGCCCGCUGCUGCUUUCAGCUGCGGAGCUGUUCGUCAUAAUCUCUGUAUUAUGUACUUUGCAGUUGCAGACGUCUGUGACUAGCAAUAUUUCCAGCUGACCAAAUAUUCUAAUCCUUUUUUCAAUUAAAUGCAAAAGAAAUAGUUUUAAGUAACUUUUUAUAGCAAGAUGAUACAAUGGUAUGAGUGUAAUCUAAACUUUCUCGCGGUAUUACCUUGUAUGCUGUUUUGUUUUAUUCCUUGUCAUUAAGUCACAGGCGGGACCCAGUUUCCAGAGAGCAGACGGGGCCGCCCGGAGGGUCAGUCACAGGGAGCCCUGGUCCGAUCUCAGCCCCGAGCUUCCGGGAAGGGGCGGGCGCGCCGCCGACCUCUGGCAUCGCCUCCGGUUGCCUUACACCACACCUUCACCUGCAAUCGCCUAGAAAACUUGCUCUCAAACUUCUUCAGGGGUUUUUUCCUUCAAAUUUUGGACCAAAGUCUCAUUUCUGUUUUUUGCCUGUCUCUGAUGCUGGGACCCGGAAGGCAGUCGUUGGUCUCGACUUCGCUGUGCUCUUCCCCCGCCUCUGCGCGGCCUGUCCCGGGGGCUCCUGGGAUCCCCUUUCCGUAAAGGAGAGUGUAACGAGGGUGUAAAUAUUUAUAAUUUUUUAUACCUGUUGUGAGACACGAGAGGCAGCGACGCGGAUUUUUAUGGAGACACAGAUAUAUAUUUUGCUAGCGCAAUUCCAGGCUCGGUUGACCGCGGAGCUGCAGGGACCUCACGCACAUUCCAUUGCCGUCCAGAUGGCUCGCGAUGCUGAGAGAACCGAUUAAAACCGUUUUAUAACCAACUCUUCCCUUCUCUGUAGCCCUGUGUUCGCUGUAGAGGCAGGUUGGCCAGUCUGUACCUGGACUUUGAAUAAAUGUCUUCUGUAUCCUCAAA